CUGCUUGGUUUGCGAGUGUAUUGUGUGCUUGUACAGUGUCCGUGUCCGUGUGGUUUGAAUGUAUGUGCCACAGUGCCGAUCGUGUGUAUCGUAUGUAUUACCACCACCAGUCUUCAUGCUCAGUCGUGUGUCCGGCAUUGUCCUUUGCGCAUCGUUUAUCGUUCGUGUUAUCCAUCGUUGUGUGAGCGUCUUUUCGUUGUAGAAUAGAGAACAAAAAUGCGUGAAGUAAUCUCGAUACAGGUAGGCCAGGCAGGAUGCCAGAUUGGGAACGCUUGCUGGCAGCUGUUCACCACCGAGCACGGCAUACAGCCGGACGGGCUGAUGGCACCUAACCAAGCAGUGGAGGAAAACAUGGCCGCCUUCUUUCAAGACACACGCUCCGGCCGGGUGGUGCCGCGCAGCAUCUUCAUCGAUCUGGAGGAGUCGGUGAUCGACGACAUCCGGAACAGCUCGUACAAGCAGCUGUACCAUCCCGAGUACAUGAUCAUGGGCAAGGAGGACGCGGCGAACAACUUUGCCCGCGGGCACUACACCGUCGGCAAGCAGAUCAUCGACCGGGUCGGCAACACGAUACGUAAGCUGUCGGAGCAGUGCGACGGGCUGCAGGGCUUUCUGCUGUUCCACUCGUUCGGCGGCGGCACCGGGUCCGGGUUUACCUCGCUGCUGCUCGACCAGAUCGUGAUGGACUAUGCGAAGAAGUGCAAGCUACAGUUCGCCGUCUACCCGUCGCCCAAGAUCUCGACCGCCGUGGUCGAACCGUACAACGCGGUACUGUGCACGCACGGCACGAUGAACACGUCCGACUGCUGCUUCAUCAUGGACAACGAGGCGACGUACGAGAUCUGCUCGAAAACGCUGCAGAUCGAUCGGCCGCACUACACCGACCUGAACGCGCUCGUGGCGCAGGUCGUGUCGUCGGCCACCGCCUCGCUCCGCUUCAAAGGCACGAUGAACGUGGACCUGAACGAGUUCCAGACGAACCUGGUGCCGUUCCCGCGCGUCCACUAUCCGCUCGUGUCGUACGCACCGCUCGUCUCCGCCUCGAAAGCGUCGCACGAGAGCAGCUCGGUGGCGGAGAUUGCGAGCGCGUGCUUCACCGCGGACAACACGAUGGUCAAGUGUGACCCGCGGCACGGCAAGUACAUGGCGUGCUGCAUGCUGUUCCGGGGCGACGUCGUGCCGAAGGACACGAACGAGGCGGUGGCAGCGAUCAAGAAGAAGCGCCACAUCAGCUUCGUCGACUGGUGCCCGACCGGGUUCAAGAUCGGCAUCAACCAGCAGGCCCCGUCCGUGCUGCCGGGCAGCGAGCUGGCCAAACCAAAGCGGGCCGUCUGCAUGCUCUCCAACUCGACCGCCAUCUCGGAGGCGUGGGCCCGGCUGAACCAGAAGUACGACCUGAUGUACAAGAAGCGCGCGUUCGUGCACUGGUACGUCGGGGAGGGCAUGGAGGAGGGCGAGUUUUCGGAGGCGCGCGAGGACUUGGCGUGCCUCGAGCGGGACUACGAGGAGGUGGCGGGCGAUACGGUCGCGUCCGGGGAGGAGUAUUACGAUGAUGAUGAGUAUUAGUCGGCGCGGCAAGGCGCCGCGGUUGAUUGAGAACGUUGAACGUUACGGGGGAAGACGGCUUUUAAUAAAAUAAGAAUAAUUUUUGAACUAUU